GUUCCAUUUCAGGGAAGGACGACGUACUAUGAUACUUUCUGUUUUGUCGAGCCCUGCUUUGGUCUCUGGUUUGAUGGUUGUACGUGCUAAAAAUCCGGUACAUUCCAUUUUGUUUCUCAUCCCAGUUUUUCGCAACACUUCAGGUUUACUUCUUUUGUUAGGUCUCGACUUCUUCGCUAUGAUCUUCCCAGUAGUUUAUAUAGGAGAUAUAGCCGUUUCAUUCCUAUUCAUUGUUAUAAUGUUCCAUAUUCAAAUAACGGAGAUUCACGAAGAAGUAUUGCGCUAUUUACCAGUGAGUGGUAUUAUUGGAUUGAUCUUUUGGUGGGAGAUGUUCUUUAUUUUAGAUAAUGAAAGCAUUCCAUUACUAACAACCCAAAGAAAUACGACCUCUCUGAGAUAUACGGUUUAUGCCGGAGAGGUACGAAGUUGGACUAAUUUGGAAACAUUGGGCAAUUUACUUUAUACCUACUAUUUCGUCUGGUUUUUGGUUUCUAGUCUUAUUUUAUUAGUAGCCAUGAUUGGGGCUAUAGUACUGACUAUGCAUAGGACUACUAAGGUGAAAAGACAGGAUGUAUUUCGACGAAAUGCUCUGGAUUCUAGGAGGACUAUAAUGAGGAGGACGACAGACCCACUCACGACAAUAAGGAGAAGCAGUGGUUCGAAUCCACAUCGCGCUGGAGUCAGCUUGUCUGAGUAUGUAAACUAUGUGGUGGAUACGAUAANGCUAGGAUUUGGGAAGGACAUUUACGAGACUGAGGUGAGUUUUAAGAGAAAGACGGGGGUGGAUUUUUUUGCUCUAACUGGCUGUGAGCAUGGGAAUUGCGUUUCUGAGCAGAGGGCAGAGAGGAAUUUGGUGUUGCAGAAGUGCACGCGCAAUUCAGCUCUGGAAAAACUCCCUGAGGUCCAGAGAGAGAUGAAGUUUAUAGUCAACCUCUGCCUCUCAGAUAGCUUUCAUUUUACACUUCUAUGUGGAGAUGGAUGCCCUUUCGAGGAGGGUAUCUUUUUGGUUAAUAUCAGCCCGGCUCGCAUGGACUUCCGGUCUUUCUUAGUUGACAACUUUAUUGCAAUUUUCAGUUCUCUAGUUACUCCUGCACAAGCAACAGCAGUUAUGGAUCUGAUUGAGGAGCGCUGGGAAGAAUGGAUCGGGGAGAUGCCCUUGAAGAUCACUUACCCAGCUCUGGAAGGACAUGAGUGGAGAAUUGUCACCGGAUUUGAUCCAAAAAACAAGGGGCGGAGUUACCUUAUUGGUGAGUCUUGGCCGGGUUAG